AUGUCUCCACCCCGCCGCGCCCUCAUUGCGGUUACCUCCGCGCAUGCCUCGCUCUUCGCUCCCAACGGCCACACAACGGGUGUCUUCAUCGGCGAAGCGCUACACCCAUACAAUGUGCUCAAAGCAGCAGGCUUCGAAGUCGACAUCGCAUCGGAAAAGGGCACGUGGACCGAGGACUGGCUUUCUCUGCAGCCAGGUUUUCUAAGCGAGGACGAGCGGAAGCAGUACGACAACAAGGAGAGCGAUUUCAGGACAGAGAUAGACAAGAAGCGCAAAGCCGAGGAUCUGGAUGGCAGUCGGUACGGCGUGUUCUUCGCGAGCGCUGGACAUGCUGCUCUGAUCGACUACCCACAUGCUACGCAUCUCCAAGCCAUUGCCUCAAAGGUAUGGGCUAACGGUGGUGUCGUGUCCGCUGUUUGUCACGGCCCUGCUAUCUUCCCAGGCAUCAAUGAUGCCGAUGGUCAACCCAUCAUUAAGGGCAGGAAGAUUACUGGAUUCACUACGCAAGCAGAGCACGAUAUGAAGAUCAUGGAUGCGCUGAAGAGCUGGGGCGAGCCGCUUGUGGACGAGCAUGCUAAGGCUCUUGGUGCUGAAUAUGUCCGUGCGGAUGGAGUAUGGGAUGAUUUCCACAUUGUGGACGGAAGGGUCGUCACGGGUAUGAACCCUCAGAGUGCGAAGAGCACUACUGAGGCGGUGGUCAAGGUGUUUGAGGGACUCUGA